ACAGUUCAGCAGACAGGGCACCUGCUAUGAGUUGGAAUCCCCAGAAGCCACUUCAAAGCCAGAGGAAGGUGUUAGAUCCUCACAGAACAAUGAGGCACAGGUGAACCACAUGAGCACUCUGGCUGAGAAGAAACCAGGACCAAAUCUGGUCAGGCUGACCAUCUCUGCGUAUCCAAUUAGUUCUUGGUUUCCCAGCUAUCCCAUGAGCAUUCAAUCCUCAAGUCCCCGCCCAUCAAGUUUCUUGCUCACAAGAUACAGGUUUUAAAGGGAGCUGCACCAUUAGAGCACCCACAUGAUGCAGAGUGCUGGGUGGCUUCCGUUUUAAAUCCCCGUGGCCAACCAGCAACGCGCAGGCUUUUGAAAGAUUUCCCAGCACCUUGUUUGAAUUCCAGGGGGAGCAGAGCAAGUUUAGGAACAUGAAAGCAGCAGCCAAAGCUGGAAAGCCGGCUCUAGCACCAGCCGACCUCCGGAAAGCCAGGGUCCAGGGAGAUGCAGGUCCCAGUGCCCCAGUGGCGGCCCCACUGUUGAAAGAGAUUCCAGAGGUCUUAGUGGACAAAUGCAGCAGGCGCCUUUAUGUAAGGGGACGCUUUCUGAGUAAAGCAGGCUUUGUCAAAUGCUUUGAGAUCUCAGACCAAAACACAAAGGAGGUGUUCGCAGCCAAGAUCGUGCCUAAGUCUUUGCUCACACCCUCCCAGAAGGAGAAGCUGUCCAAAGAGAUUUCCAUUCACCGCAGCCUCUCACAUCAACACGUCGUAGGCUUCCACAAUGUUUUCGAAGACAGCGAAUUUGUGUUUGUGAUUUUGGAACUUUGUCGGGAGAGUUCCCUCCUGGAGCUGCACAAGAGGAGGAAAGCCCUGACCCAGCUGGAGGCGCGCUACUACCUAAGGCAGAUAAUCCUGGGCUGCCAGUACCUGCACCACAAUCAGGUCAUUCACGGGAACCUUAGGUUGAGCAACGUCUUCCUGAACGAGGAUCUGGAGGUGAAAAUAGGGGGUUUCGGGCUGGCAACCAAAGUGGAAUAUGAAGAGGAACAAAUGAAGACCUUUUGUAGCCCCCAGAACUUCGUAGCUCCCGAAGCGGUGAGACUGGGAAGUUUUGAGGAGGAUGUAUGGUCCAUCGGGUGCAUCAUGUACACCUUGCUAGUGGGCAAGCCACCUUUUGAGACCUCAUUCGAAAAAGAAACCUAUCUCCGGAUGAAACCAAAUGAAUACAGUGUUCCCAAGCACAUCAAUCCCGUUGCUGCCUCCCUCAUCCAGAAGAUGCUUCAGGCAAAACCCACUGCGCCCACCAUUGAGGAGUUGCUCAAAGAUGAGUUCUUCACUUCUGGCUAUAUCCCUGCCCGUCUGCCCAUCACCUGCCUCACCAUCCCACCAAGGUUGUCAGUAGCUCCCAGCGGCCUGGACCCCAGCAGCAGGAAGCCUCUCAUGGUCCUCGAGAAAGGUGAAGCUUGGUCUUGUUAGGGUAGACUGCAGAGAGCCCAGAUUUCCAGGGUGCAUUUCGGGGUGCAUGCACCUUACUCUGCCCCCAGAGGUGGGUCCUCUCCUUGAGGUCUGGUCCCUGGGUUCUUCUGACUCUUGGGCUUGGCAGGAAGAACAGACUGAAUCAACCCAUUUGAUCUGAUAAGGAAAAAAAUGGACUGAACACCAAGCCCAGGAAAUUCUUUUUGAUUACUUUUAAAAGUCUCUAUUGUCUCUUUUGCAUGUUUUGUUGAAUGCUGGAACUUGUCAGGUAUAGACAUGGAGUAUAACACGGCACCCAUCCUCAGUUCUCAUUCUCAGCCAUGGUUCACUCUGUACCUUCACCCCUUUGAGUGCUUGUGUUUUGUCUGUCAGGAGCAGGUCUUUCAUUGUCACCAGGCUGCUCUGGAGUCAGUCCUCCUGCCUAGGGCUCUGGAUUACAGGUUUGUCAGCACAUCUCACUUUUGAAAUGUCACUACAGCCAACUCCAGCAGUCUGCCAUUUUAUACUUAAACUAAAGUACAUCUGUGAGUUCGAGGCCCGCCUGGUCUAUAGAGCGAGUACCAGGACAGCCAGAGCUGUUAGAGAAACUCUGUCUGAAAAAAGAAAACAAAGGAUUAAAUAGGUAGAAGAAUGAACAGGAAGCAUCUGACCCUCUUUUCCCAGUCUGUUUACAUUUCUUUUGAUGUUUUCAUCAUCAAUCCUCUAUGUGCUUCUCUUAACUGAUUGAGAGCAAACUUUGUUGUUUUUUUAAAAAAGGAUUUAUU